AUGGCCACAACGAUGGAGAAAGUAUGGGAGAUCGCCAAAAAUGAGGCCAAGCUCUGCUAUGGCUUUAUUCGUCGUGAUGUAUCCAUGGGCAUGCUUCCUAUCCCCGUCUUCACGACCGCUUCUCUGCUGUACCGGAAUGCGCCUCUGCACGAGAUCACCAUUGCAAUAGCCAAAACAUUGCUUCUAGGACUGCUCUAUCUCUAUUCGUUCGUCGUGGGCAAUCAAAUAUGUGGUGUUGAGGAGGAUCAGAUCAAUAAGCCAGAUCGCCCUAUCGCGGCUGGCGCAACGACUCUCAAGGCAGCACGUAUCCGCUGGGCCGUCUUGACCAUGCUCUACUUCUCCUACGGCUGCUAUCUGGGCGUUGGUGUCUGGUCUGCUAUGUGGAUUGCGAUUUCAGUCGCACACAACUUUUUGUCUUUUGGCGAUUUUGGCCCUACCAAGGACAUGUGCAUUGGUCUGGGAUGUGUUGCCCAGCUGACGGCUGCUUGGUUGAUUGGUGGUGCACCAUAUGAAGUGGGAUGGAACUGGAUCAAAAUCAUCGCUCUUUACACAUUAUUUCCGAUCCCAUUACAGGACCUUCGAGAUGUUCCCGGCGAUUUGGCUGUGGGUAGACGCACUACGCCAAUCCUUAUGGGUGAUAUGCCUUGCCGAAUCUACAUCUCCCUCGGAGUUUUCAUCUCACAAUUCCUCCUCAUCAAAUACCGCAUCUUGGACUACCGUGUUGACUGGUCCACCGUGGCACUCUCCACGAUCCUGGGCUUCCUAGCCCUUACAGUCAUUUUUCGACUUUUCGCGUUCCGCGACGUCAAGAGCGAUCGUUAUUCGUAUCGACUCUACACCGUUAUUUACUUAUUCCAGCCCUUGUCGGCAUGUAUCACGCUUCGGUAA